AUGUCUUCAUUGGCUAUACCUUCUAGGGCCAACGGGAUAACGUCACUGCCCUACCGUAAGAGGACGAUUGAAGGGUCUCGAUUGGCAAAUCAUUUGGUUUUCCAGCAGGAUUCUUCUCCAGCUCACAAGGCCAAUUCAACUCAGCCGUGGCUGCAAAAGAACAUUUCAGAGUUCAUCUCUGACUCUUAUGGGCCCUGCAAAAGAACAUUUCAGAGUUCAUCUCUGACUCUUAUGGGCCCGCAGGAAGCCCGGAUUUCAACCCGCUAG